CACUAUAUUCUCUCGCGCAUGUCAGUGCAGGUGCCCUCUAAAUCCUUCCUUUCGUCCAUGUUGUGAAUCUGUGGCAGCCAUGAGUACGCUACGCCUACAGAAGCGUCUGGCCGCUGCCGUCUUAAAAUGCGGCAAAAACAAAGUAUGGUUAGAUCCCAAUGAAUCUAAUGAAAUAGCAAAUGCCAACUCACGACAAAAUGUGCGCAAACUCAUUAAGGAUGGUCUAAUCAUCCGUAAGCCCGUCGCUGUGCACUCCCGCGCACGUGUGCGCAAGAACACCAUUGCUCGCAGGAAGGGUCGUCACACCGGCACAGGAAAGAGGAAGGGUACGGCUAACGCACGUAUGCCUGUCAAGGUGCUGUGGAUGCGCCGCAUGCGCGUGUUGAGGAGGUUGCUGAAGAGAUACAGAGAUGCCAAGAAGAUCGACAAGCACUUGUAUCAUGAACUGUACCUGAAGUGCAAAGGUAAUGUGUUCAAGAACAAGCGUGUGUUGAUGGAACACAUCCACAAGGAGAAGGAGAGGAAGUCGAGAGUGAAGAUGCUCAACGACCAAGCCGAGGCCAGAAGAACCCGCGUCAAGGACGCCCGCAAACGCCGCGAGGAGAGGAUCGCCCAGAAGCACGCCGAGAUCAUGAAGUCGUACGCCAAGGAAGAGGAGGCAACCAAGAAAUAGACAUCUCAAAUUCCUCAAACAAAAAAACUCUUGUGUACAUUUUAUAAUUUAAAAAAUGAAGAAAAACAUACCCGAAAACAAUGUGUACAAAAGGAAUAAAUGUCCCUCGAAGAGAA